UUUUAUUGCUCGACUCAUGUCGAAAGCACCUGCCCGACGAUCCGCGGCGAAAAGUUACUUGGCGCGUGUUGCCGGCCGUCCAGUCAGUCUGAUAGUCGUGGUGAAACGCAGUGCGAUAUGUCAACGCAACAUUGCGAGUGGAUUGGAUUGUUUAUAAACAGUGAAGUUUGAAUCGUCGUCGCCUCAAUGACCAACAUCACCGGCAACAUGUCCCACCAGGACUGGGACCUCAAUUUCGAUACGAAUGAAACGUCAGGGGACACGACCGCGAUCAUGUACUCCCUGACGGUGGUGGUGCCGUUCACCAUCAUCUAUGCGAUCAUCUUCGUGUCGGGGGUUCUGGGGAACGUGAGCACGUGCAUCGUGAUUGCACGCAGCAAGUCCAUGCACACCGCCACCAACUACUAUCUCUUCAGUUUGGCCCUGUCGGACAUGUUGCUCCUGGUCUCAGGACUGCCGCCGGAAAUGUACAAGAUUUGGUCGCCGGACAACUACGUUUUCGGCGAAACGUUCUGCUUCCUACAGGGUUUCUUUGCGGAGAUGUCGGCCAACGCAACGGUACUCACCAUCACCGCCUUCACUGUGGAACGGUACCUCGCGAUAUGCCACCCGUUUCUCUCCCACACCAUGUCCAAGUUAUCCAGAGUUGUGAAGUACAUCAUCUCCAUCUGGAUUAUCGCCCUCGGACUGGCAAUCCCUCAGGCCAUACAAUUCGGCAUCCAAUAUGAAAUAGUGAACGGUCGCAGGAAUAGUUACUGUAACGUGGUGAAAACAUUCUUCGAACAUUCCUUCGAGAUUUCGACAUUCGUGUUUUUUGUGGCGCCCAUGACCCUGAUAACCGUUCUCUACAUCUUGAUCGGCAUUCAGUUGAGGAAGUCGAAGAACAUUGCUGAUGCGAUGCGUGGAUCGCUGAACGAUUCCAGACGCGGGCGUCUUUUGAGGAACACAGCCUCCCAGAAUCGGGUGAUUAGAAUGUUAAUUGCAGUUGUGGCAGCAUUCUUCAUAUGUUGGGCGCCAUUCCACACGCAACGUUUGCUGGCCGUUUAUCUGUCGAACGCAUCGAAGGAAGUGCAAAGCCAAGAGAUCCUGAUUAAGAUCUACACCGUCCUGAUGUAUUCUUCGGGACUGCUCUAUUUCGUGUCGACAACCAUUAAUCCAAUUCUUUACCACAUACUGUCCAACAAAUUUAGGAAAGCCUUCCAGAACACGUGUGCCUGCACGGCGGGUUCUACGAGGGAAACGUACUCUGCCAUCUCGAAACUACCACCGAAUUGCCGAAACUACCACCGUUCCGUGUCCGACGGCAUAGUUCAGCCGAACCAAAGGAUAAGCGUGAGAAAAUCGUCGGAAAACGGCGCCUGCCUGAACCACAAAGCGGCCAAUAAAAAUGUCGAAGCGUUCGCCGAAUGUCACAGCAGCAGUAGCGGAUUUUCGACGAGCAACGCGGACUCGGAACUGCUGAGAAGGGCGCAGACGAAACAGAAGAGGACCGCGGUCGGCAGCAAUCGCCGCGAGAACGGUUACUUCAGGCGGAUCGGCAAACAGAUGAUGAUGCUGUUUCAGGCCACCAACAAGCGGCCGAAAGUAGAGAACGUCGACGUCGAGAACACCAUCAGCAAUUCGAGUUUGAAGGAUCUGGACGAGGUGGAGUUCAGCAACGAGGAUCUCAUGAACUAUAUGCACGAAAUUAACAUAGACAUUAAAAAGUAAUUAUUUGAAUCGUCUUUUUUUUGGGAUGAGCUAGCACACCGAGCCCGCAGAAAUAAAUCAACUGAUUACUUCUAAAUGGGUUUUGCGUGCAAUUGUGAAUUAUUUAUGUUUCAAUUUGGCCGUUUUUGCCGGUGAGUUUGGAUCUCUGUGAUACAAUACGCUAAAAAAAGUAUUUAGCUAAAAUUAUAUAUUUUAAGACCAUAAAGUAAAUAAGCCAGUUAAUGUUCCUCUCUCCUAAUGAAUUUUACAAUUUAAUUAGUGGAGACACUGAAAUUAAAUGUGUGACAUGAAUUGACUGUCUGACAAGUCGUUCACGAGUCUUUGGUAAUUUUGCCUUGGCUGUGAUGUAUUAUAGAUUAUAGUUUUAUUAAUUUUAGUCAGCGAGUGAUUAACUUGAGAUUUCAAUCAAUUGUCGACUUUCCCAACGGUCAACAGCGGUGUGAAAAGACGUUCCGUUUAUUGUAGUACAAAGAUAUAAAUAAACUGUGCAAUUGCUUUAAAUAACUCAUUGCUAAAUUUGUUUAAUCACGACGCUAUUAUUUAAGCUAUCUAUUUAAUAUUAUAAAUAUAUUAUUUAAAUAUUAAAUAUAAUAUAUGUAUGUUCCAUAUUUUGUUAAUAAAUAAAUGUAUAAUAAAAUAUU